ACUACCACGGCGUCGAUGGCCGUGCAUGUUGAGGGCGCCGAAUAUGCAAAUAUGCACCUCGGGUCGGAUUUCACCGUGUACAACUGUAGUUCACACUUCCAUCACAUUGCACCUUGUUCACACACUCACUUCUCACACUUUCGCCUGCAACCAGGGUUCUCUAUGUUGUCACCUGCGAAACUCGCACAUUUGCUUGCGCCCAAGGCUCUAUCUUUCGACCCACUGGCACUGGUGUCUUGUAUCAUGCUAUAUAUUCUGCUGUGUUGGCUCAUUUCAUCCUCGAUCCUUGACCUGGCUGCUGCAGGGUAUGUGGGUGGAAGUAUCGUACUUUCCCCUGGAGUUACGUCUGGUCUGUUUGCGGGAUUCAAAGGUUUUUCGUCCAAGUCGGCGCUGCCCGGAGCAACCGGGGAAUCAAAGACGUUCGGCUCGUCAACUUCAGCACCGCUGUCGUCUCUGGGAAUGACAUCUGCUAGUUUGGCAUCGUUGGCCCCUGCUAAGCCGGCCUCGUCUGUAGCACAUGCUGCCGCACCAGUGUCAUCUCAGUCUGCGUCCUUGUCGACCAAGAAUGCGCUGACACAGGACGAGUAUGAAGCGCGCCUGUCCGCUCUGAACACCUCUUUCGUCAACUGGAUCCAGAAGCAUCACGAGCAAGAUCCGCUGGCCGACUUUACACCAACAUUCGACGACUACAAGAAACAUCUGGCCAAGCUGGACGCACAGCUGCAAACCAAAGCUGCAGCGGCUGGUACUGCAAAGCCGGCGUUCACGGUGGCUUCAGUCGCUCCUGCCUCGAGCAUCAGCAGCAGUAGCGGCGGUGGCAGAAGUAUCGGUGGUGUGGGCCUAGGCCUGACCCGCAGCACGGAUAGCGCUGCCGCUGCAACCAACGGUGGCAGUAUUGUUGUGGGUAGUAGUUCAAGCAUCUCAUUGUCAACGUCCAAAUCCGACACGCCCUCGAAGCUCGUCACGUUCGCACCGAUCAAGGCCGAUUCCGACACGACCGCUUCCUCGUCAACGUCCAGCUCCACGGCCACCGGUGGUCUGUUUGCGUUCACGGCCGGUGGGUCUUCUCUGUCGUCGGCAGUUAGUGUGCCGCCAUCGUCCUCGACUUCCUCCGCAUCGUCUUCAACGGCAUCGCCAUCGUCGUCCACUAUCGGUUCUGGUCUGAAGCUAGCGUCCUCGGGCAUCACUUUCCCCACAUCCAUUCUAAAGAGUUCAGCUAACACGUCAUCGGCCAGCUCCAGCCUGAUGAAUCUGCCUCCGGCUACUUCUGUCACCUCCGGAUUCUUCAGUGGCCUGGUCUCAUCAUCAUCAUCGUCCGCAAGCGCCAGUGGUAGCAGUUCUACCAUUGGCUCUGGGAUUGGCUCUGGCCUCCUGUCUGGUAGCCUCGGUGGUGGAGCAAGUUCCAUCCCAUCAUUCCUGCUCACCGGCAAGAAAGCUGACAAUGAAGUUGUGGCUGCAGGUGGCUGUGGUGGGGACGAUGACGAAAACCCAGACAUCGAGAAGGACGACAUGAAGCCCCAGGAGUUUGACCAGGAUGCUGAUGUACUGUACUCAACGCGCGCUAAGCUGUUCUACAAGAAGGAAGACGGUUUUUCGGAGCUUGGGCUUGGCAUGUUCAAGAUCAUCAACAUGGAUGGCAAGACACAACUGCUUAUGCGCAACUUCACGCGCCUGGGCACGAUUCUGCUCAACGUGAUGCUGGGUGCGAGCACGCCGGUGACGCUGAACAAGAACAAUAUCAUGCUGGUCACCAUGCCCAAUCCACCGCUAAACAUCAAGAACAGCGAUAAUGCCACCGCCACCUACCUGAUCCGCGUGAAGACGGCGCAAGACGCCGGAACGCUGCACCAGAAGAUCACCGAGCGCAAAGUGUAACGACUGCAGCCUCUGCAUGCAUGCUGCAGCAUCACCUCGUGGCCAUCCGUCUACUCCGAUGCAAAUCGACUAACGCUUCCCACCAUCUUACCAACGCUGCCUGCGUGUCGUGAGUACUCUCUCCGCCUUUCAGCGCGUUUGUAAGACAUUAUUUUUAUUGCUGUUGACAGGAAGCUUUCUUGACGAAUUCAUGCGGGGGUUGUUUCUUCUCCCCUGCUCAACCUCUUCGUCUGUUCGUUUUCGUUCUUUCUAUCUUUCUUCUUCAACUGCCCUCCGUCUUGCUAUGCAAGACUGUCCUGUCCGAGUCGUGUGUCUUUGUUUGAAUUACCAGAAUACUUUUAUGAUGGUUACAACUGCGUGCAACGUUGUCCUAGUUUGCAGUCAUUGGAAUCUUUUAGUGUGCUAUGCACAUUUCCUUGUAUUGGUUUGUAUGGAGCUGCUGCUUUGACCGUUGCCUGUUGAUGGCAUUCUCAUUUUUGGCUACUGCUAGCUUCUAGCAUGAGACUGA